AUGACACAGGUGACACUAGAUCAUAUACUUCAAGCGGCUGAACGUAUUCAAGUUCAUCGCACACCCGUGAUGUCAAGUCAAACAAUAAACGAAUAUGCAUCCAAAGAAUCUCCUGUCGAAUUAUUCUUCAAGUGUGAAUUACUGCAAAAGACAGGCUCAUUUAAGUUUAGGGGAGCAAGUAAUGCUAUUCAAUUGCUCACACCAGAAGAAGCCAAGAAUGGGGUUGUAUGUCAUUCAUCUGGUAAUCAUGCACAAGCAGUGGCCUUGGCUGCAAAACAAAGAGGGAUACCAGCCUACAUUGUUAUGCCAAAGACUGCGGCGGCUAUUAAAAAGGAAGCGGUCAUUGGCUAUGGUGCAAAAAUAAUUGAAUGUGAGUCAUCUCAGGCUGAUCGUGAGAAAGUGGCAAAGGAGGUGUUAAAACAAACAGGCGCAGCCAUGGUUCAUCCUUUUAAUGAUCCCAAUGUGAUAGCAGGACAAGGAACAAUUGUACUUGAGUUACUAAGUCAAGUGAAUGAUUUAGAUGCUAUUAUUAUUCCUGUCGGGGGAGGGGGUAUGUUGACAGGAUGCUCUAUUGCAGCCAAAUCAUUAAAUCCGCGUAUCAAGAUAUAUGCAGUGGAGCCAGAAGCAACGGAUGACACUCGUAGAUCAUUCAAGAGCAAACAGAGAUUUUCAAAUGAACUUGGACGUACAUCUGUUGCAGAUGGUUUAGCAGCCGACUUGGGAGAGAUCGCAUUUGAAUCCAUGCAGAAAUAUGUUGAUGAUGUGUUUACAGCGAGUGAAAGGGAAAUUAUUCAAGCAACCGAAAUUAUCUGGAAAAGAUUGAAGCAGUGUAUUGAACCUAGUGCAGGCGUUGGAGUAGGAGUAGCCUUGUUUAAUAAAGAGUUUCAAGAGAGGAUAAAGAAAGAGAAAAUACAAAGAAUUGGAGUCAUUCUCUGUGGUGGCAAUGUUGACAUAAUCAAUAUGGCAAAAUUAUUUUCUGAAUUAUAA